AUGAAUGCCAACGAGUCUGAACACGUCAGCACAAGUCCAGAGGACGUUCAGGAGAACGGUGGAAACGCAAGCUCGAGCGGCAGCCUGCAACAGAUUUCCACGUUAAGGGAGCAGGACAGAUGGCUGCCCAUCAACAAUGUUGCGCGGCUCAUGAAGAACACGCUGCCACCGAGCGCCAAGGUAUCGAAGGAUGCCAAGGAGUGCAUGCAGGAGUGUGUUAGCGAGCUCAUUUCCUUUGUGACCAGCGAGGCCAGCGACCGGUGUGCUGCAGACAAGAGAAAGACGAUCAAUGGGGAAGAUAUUCUGAUAUCGCUGCACGCAUUGGGGUUCGAGAAUUAUGCGGAGGUGUUGAAGAUCUACCUGGCCAAGUAUAGACAGCAGCAGGCACUGAAGAACCAACUGAUGUACGAGCAGGAUGACGAAGAGGCAUCUUAA